CAGCUGCUGUGAUUAGGCUUCUCCUCCUCCGACACACAGACCUGAACAAAAGAGACUCACUCCCUCCUAGUACCUGCCACUUGCGCUCCCACAACAAACCAUGCACCGGCUAAUUUCCAGAUUUUGUGCCUUCUUUCAGAGGAAAGCGGACUCAAAGGAAGACAGAGAGCAGAAGCAGAGGCUCUUGGAAGAUGAUACCAUGUCACAAAAUAUGCAAGGAGUUGUGACAGGGUCCUGCUGUGACUAUGGCAGCAUCAACGAGCACAUCCCCUUCAAUGCUGAUGUUGUGACAGGCAAUGAACCUCUGAAAGUUAACCCAAAAGUUCCUGCAGUCAUGGAAGUAGAUCAAAUGAGUCACGGAUCGAAUGCAAUCCCAAUGGAUGCACACCAUGAUGGCCAUGGCGAUGAACCAACAGACUCUCACAUGAUAGUUUCACUUGACUGGCUCACCUCUCUAAUUGAUGAUGCUGACCAUAUUAACCACAAAUUGUCCUUCUCUCUAGACAUUGUCUGUAAAGAUUUUGAACCUUAUAAGGGUGACCUGGUAGAAAUUGAGUUUUCUGAGCAGCAAGACACACAGAGCAGAAAGGCCAUCUUGAUGAAGCCUCUGAAACAUCAUCAUGUAAAUGAGGUUUGUGUUACUAGAGCAGAUGGAAGAACUGGAGUGUUGGGAGACACCAUUUUUUUCACCUUGGAUUCUCUUAAACUUCCUUCUGGAUAUGUGCCUCAAGCAGAUGAUGUUGUCAAUGUGGUUGCAGUGCAGAGCAUUCAAUCCCAGUAUUUCUGGAGGGCAAUCAUAAUGACCCCAGUACGAGUAUCACAGGAAAGAAGCCUUUGAAUUUCUUCUUUAGCAUUACUUCUAUGGGUAGUUCAGGGCCUGGUUUAAUGCAAUAGUUUGAAUUAAUAAGUCAAAAUAUAUGUUAAAUAUGUUUUAACUGGAAACAUCCUGGUAUGGACUCACUUUAGGAAGGUGCCUGAUCUAUUCAGACAUUGCCAAACUGACUUUUAUUUAUAGCAAAUAAACAACACUUCAUAUUAGGUUAAAUCCUUUGCUUUCCAUGGUCAGGAAUGUAUUAUGUGCUGCUAGUAGCCUUGUUUGUCCCUUGAGCAACAUGCAGAGGGAAGCCAGAAAGUGAAUAUGUGGAUUUUUUUGUUUUUUGUUUUAAAAUGUUAUAUAGAAAAUAGGCAUAUUAUACUCCUCUGGUGGAAUGAGUUUUGUUCUUCUGUACAUGCUGGAAAUUUGUGUGUCCCAAUUAUUAAUGAAUGAGCUACCUAGGUACUUUCACCUAUACCCUGAACCAGUAUAGAGCACUACAUAUGUGUUCCUUUAUUUAGCUACUCUCUAAAUUGCUAUUUUGGACAGUUUGGAGAUUUCAGACUGAAUGUUUGGCUACGCAGAUAACAACUGGCCGUUUACAUUGUGCCAUUAUCAUUAACCUGACUCCAUUCUUGGACUAGAGCAAACUAUUCAACAGACACUCACAGACAAAAGCUUACUUAGUGUCUCCGACAUACUUAUUCCAUACAGGAAUGUCACCAUCACUCAGCACAACUUUCUGGAGUUCAUCUGGGAAAAACUUUAUUACGUACCUGGUGGUAAUGCCCCAAAAUGAUAACUGAGGCUUUGAGUUGGGUCUUCCUCCAUCUUCAGACACUGGAAUAAUCCAAAAUUUUGCAGAAUGUAUUCAAAAGAUUUGUCUGGCUUAUGAACAAUUAUCAUGACAAAUGUAUUUGUCACAGGAGGAGUGUGGUAGGGACAUAGCAACCAGCAUUUUUUAAAAUUUGGUUUUUAAGAAAACAGAGAGGAAAAAAAGCGAAAGGUAGAUUUAGUAAAGAAAGAAAGAAUAUUUUCAAGACAUGAACCAUAUGCCAUAGUCAGCUGAUAAAUUAGGAGAGUAACAAUAUAUAUGCAGAGAAGCGGCAUAGUGAAGAAAUAUAAUAUAUCUUACAAGGAAAAACAGUAAUGUAAAUUAAAUAUACAGAAACACUCUGAAGUACUUAUUUCACAUCUGUAACUGUUGGUAAAACUUGUGAAAUAAAGACCUCCUUGGAAAUUUGAUAGGUAUUUAAAAUUCUUAUUUCAUGAUGGAAAUGUAGCUGUGAAAAAUGGGGCAGGAAUAUAGGGUCAGACACACAUGACUAUGAGUCAUAAGGAGGUUACAGUAAGUGAAAAAAAUAGCAUCCCUUUGACUGCCCUAAGGAUUGUACAAAACCCUUCCAGCAAAGAACAUUAAUCACCUAAACAGCCAACAAAUGGUCCACCCCUUCUGACAACCUUUACUUUCUCUUUUGUAAUAAAAAGCACCUGGACAUAUAAAGUGGGGCCCCACUCUCAUUCAUGUCCAUUUCUGUUCUGUUCAGACUCUGGAGAUCCCCCCCCCAUGGAGGGCCUCACCCUCCCUUGGGAAUGGUGUGAGGAUUGGGUCGGGGUUUCCCGGGGCUGGUGGAG